AUAAAAAUAGUGAGAGUGACUGAGAUCAAUAGAACCAAUCUCAGAAUCAUCUUCUUUCUCUUUCGGAACAAAAAUGACGUCUCCUCUCUCAGAUCUCCUAAACCUUGAUCUAUCAGACACCAAGAAAAUCAUCGCUGAAUACAUAUGGAUCGGUGGCUCUGGAAUGGAUAUUAGAAGCAAAGCCAGGACAUUACCAGGACCAGUAAGUAAUCCAACAAAGCUUCCAAAAUGGAACUACGAUGGAUCUAGCACCGAUCAAGCUGCCGGAGAUGAUAGUGAAGUCAUUCUUUAUCCUCAGGCAAUAUUUAAGGACCCAUUCAGGAAGGGGAACAACAUUCUGGUGAUGUGUGAUGCUUACAGACCGGCCGGAGAUCCAAUUCCGACCAACAAUAGGCACAAGGCCGUAAAAAUCUUCGAUCAUCCCAAUGUGAAGGCUGAAGAGCCUUGGUUUGGGAUAGAGCAAGAAUACACAUUACUUAAAAAAGAUGUGAAGUGGCCACUAGGUUGGCCUCUUGGUGGCUUUCCUGGUCCUCAGGGACCGUACUAUUGUGCAGUAGGUGCAGACAAAGCUUUUGGUCGUGACAUUGUCGAUGCUCACUAUAAAGCUUGUCUAUACUCCGGUUUGAGUAUUGGUGGUGCCAAUGGUGAAGUCAUGCCUGGACAAUGGGAGUUUCAAAUCAGUCCUACUGUUGGUAUUGGUGCAGGUGAUCAAUUAUGGGUUGCUCGUUACAUUCUUGAGAGGAUUACUGAGAUAUGCGGUGUGAUUGUCUCAUUCGAUCCAAAACCAAUCCAGGGUGAUUGGAAUGGAGCAGCCGCUCAUACGAACUUCAGUACAAAAUCGAUGAGGAAAGAUGGAGGACUGGAUUUGAUUAAGGAAGCAAUAAAGAAGCUUGAAGUGAAACACAAACAACACAUUGCUGCUUAUGGUGAAGGCAACGAGAGGCGUCUCACUGGGAAGCAUGAAACUGCAGACAUCAACACUUUCUCUUGGGGAGUGGCGGAUCGUGGAGCAUCGGUGAGAGUAGGAAGAGAUACGGAGAAAGAAGGUAAAGGGUAUUUUGAAGAUCGAAGGCCUUCGUCUAAUAUGGAUCCUUACCUAGUUACCUCCAUGAUUGCUGAAACCACCAUCCUCUAAGCUUUAGACUUUUCUUCGUUUUGGUUCUUUGUAUGUUCUUCGAAUUUCGGUUUGAUAUGGUUUAAUUUCGCAUUUAGACUUUUCUUUCAAAUAAGUUACGAAAUGUUAUGUGAUUUCUAUUGUUUGAUCCGGUUACGGUUCACUUUUAAGCCAAAAAAUCUACCGUUAUGACUCG